AUGGCCUUCAAUGGAUGGUCCCUUCAACAGAAUAAGAUCUUCGAGGAGGCUCUGGCAGCCUUCUCUGAUGUUUCACCGGACAUGUUGCACAAAAUUGCCCAAAAAGUAGCUGGAAAAAGUGCAAGUGAUGUUUAUAUGCAUUAUGAAGUUCUUCUAAAAGAUAUAAAAGAUAUAGAUUCCGGUAAAGUGGAGCUUCCCUCUUAUAAAGACGGUUCAUGUGAAAUAUCGUUCGAGUUGAGACAAGUUCCGGCCAGACGUAAAUCAGAGAGGAAGAAAGCGUCUCCUUGGACUAAAGAGGAGCACGGGUUUUUUCUAAAAGGCCUACAAAAAUGCAGCAAGGGGGAUUGGAGGGGCAUCUCCAGGAAAUUCGUCGUGACCCGAACCCCGACUCAAAUAGCUAGCCAUGCUCAAAAGUAUUAUAAACGACAAGAGAUGUUGUCGGGGAAGAAAAAUAAGAAGCGAGUGAGCAUCCACGACAUGAGUGUGGAUGAUCUUGAUAUACAAGCUACUAAAGAGUUGAGAUCAACUCAGUACGUCUCUAAUACAGCACACAAACACUCGGCCCCAUCCCCACAAGUGGGGCCUACACAAAGCUAUGGGUCCAGCCACUACCCUAUGGCAAGCCAGUUCUCAAUGCAUAGGCACCCAUGCCACCAUUGGGCCAAUUUCAUCCAGGGCUAG